AUGGGGCCCUCGGGGCUCAAUCCGCAGGCGAAUCCUGGCAUGAGCCAAGAUAAUUGGACCCCGUGCGUGUGGCCGGAGAGCGGCGCUCCAAGCCUUCCUGGCAACACACCCUUGUUCCUGCAGGGCGAUGCGGCGGCCACCAUAGGCUGCCAAAAUCUUGCUGGACCCGGGAUCAGCCAUGCCACAGCGAUGGUGAAUGCUAUGCGCGGGGGUGCCACUCUGAUGAGUGGCGCUGCCCAACAAGAUGCCGGGUCCUCCGUCCGGCCGCCCUGUAACCUGCCUGCAGGGUGCACGCAGGUGCCGAUAAGUAUCGUGGUGUUCCAUAGGAGGGCAUCCAGGCCCGCGCCGCCGCCACCUCAUACGCCCACUCCAGUUCCUGCUCCGCUCGGUGUAGCACGAGAUUCUGAAGAUGAUACUUCUAUUCAGUUUGCUCGAAGAGAUUUCCUAUCACUUGGAAGGGAGUCAGAUGUUGCUGCCACUGAUAUGGCCAUAGAUCCUUCAACACUAGCAGUUCCAGUUAAUCGCAGUUCUGAACAUCCACCAAUACAGCUUCAGCCAAAUGGUGUAGAUGCAGAAGCACCCACAACCGGAAUUCAAGCAGAUGAUAGUCAACAAUCGUCAUCAUCAUCACCAGGUGUAACUGAUCAGAACAUGCAAACGUAUCAGCAGACACCAGAAAAGCUCAAGACACAAAGUCAGCUGAAUGAUCACACAGUUUUGUCAGCAGCAGCUGCAUUCAAGGAAAUUGAGGAGGCCCCUGCAAGAAAAGCGAAGCCUCGGAGGAAGAAACAUAGAGCGAAGGUAAUCCGUGAAGACAAGAAGAUCAAGAAGCAAAAGUCUGCUGUUGCAACGUCAGAAGAAAAAUCUAAUCAGAAACUUCGCAAGCAAAUCAAGAAGCAAAAGCCUGCUGUUACAACGCCAGAAGAAGAAUCUAAUCAGAAACUUAACAAGCAAAUCAAGAAGCAAAAGCCUGCUGUUGCAACGCCAGAAGAAGGAACUAAUCAGAAAGCCAAGAGAAGUUAUGUCCGGAAGAAAAGAAAUCUCAGCUCUCUGGAGACUUGCUCGGGACCUGUUAGCGACCAAUCAGUCUCCAGGGGAGCAGAAGACGCUGUUAGAAGCAGAGCUGUAUCAGUCCGAAGAAGGUUGCAGUUGGAAUUUGGUGAACAAGGAGCACUGGGAGACCAAUCAUCAGCUGGCAACUCAUGUCUCCACAUUGAGGAGAAACUCAUUCAUGCUAAAAGUUCUUUCUGUUCAACUGCCACUGUAUCAACUGCGCAGGGUGCACAUGGACUACAUGUGGACAUGGAAACUUCACCAGGAGGAUUAGCUUUUGGCAUGAGUCGCAAGAUGAACAAACUGUUAGAUGAGUACAUACAUUUGCCAGAGAUGGGAACAAAGUGUACACAAGAAGUUCCGCCUGCAACUUCUGGAUGUUUUAGCAGGGAGCCAACAACAAAACAAGACAGUGUACGAAGCACUCAUGGUCUUGAUGCCACAAGGAUUGGGGUUACCAUAAUGGAAGGGUAUAACAAGGGCUUGGAGGCAAACGACUCUAGCAAGGCUGGUUUUGCUAUGCAUUGCUCAGCUACAUUUAUACCUGAAACAGCAUCCACAGAAAGUCAGACUAAGGUGUCGAGAGUGGAGAAAAGGAAACAUCAACAGCGCAGAGAGAGUGAGUCCUCCCUAGCUGGCUCACGGGACUCGAUCAUCUUAAGUACUGCUGCUCAGAUGCUAGCAUUUUGUCAAGCUGGUGGGAUAAAAAAGAAGCGAACGGUCCGAGUCCGCAGGAGUUCGUAUGUUCCUAUAAUGAAUAUUGAGAUGAAUAGGGCACAAGUACUGCCACGGUUAUCUCAGUCAUGCCUGGAGGCCCUGUAUGAAAGUCCUGGUUUUAAUUUUUUUACCAAGAAACGUUCACGAAGGGUACGACGCCAUUACCGAAGAUCAGAUGGAUUUUUUCAGCCUCCAGAAAACAGAAAAUUCUACCAUGAUGUUUAUUCUGAAGCAACAGAAAAAAGCUCACAAAACUCACAAUAUAAGUCAACUCCAUAUAUGGAUUUCCUUCAAAGAGUUGCAUCAGGGCUGAAAUAUCUUGAUUUGAACACCGAGCCUGUGCAUACAAAUGAGAUGUAUCCAUCUCUGACUACAUCAGCUGUUGUCCCUUUUGGAGCAACAGGCAGCCUAUCAAAUUCUCUUGUACCAUUUGGUAGUCAGAUGAUCUUUCCAUAUGAGAUGCCAUUGCAUUUAGUCAAGAAGCAGCGCCCUCGAGCUAAAGUUGAAUUGGAUUUUGAGACAACAAGAGUUUGGAACCUCUUGAUGGGGAAAGCAACUGAUGUGCCUGUUGAUGGGAAUGAUGUUGACAAAGAGAAAUGGUGGCAACAAGAAAGAGAGGUUUUUCAGGGCCGUGCUAAUUCAUUUGUAGCACGCAUGCGACUAAUUCAAGGCGACAGGCACUUUUCUCCAUGGAAAGGAUCAGUAGUUGACUCCGUAGUAGGGGUUUUCCUCACUCAGAAUGUAGCUGACCAUCUUUCGAGCUCUGCCUAUAUGGCCCUUGCUGCAAGUUUUCCUCCAGGGCCAGUUAAUAGCAAUUGUAAGGAUGAUAUUAUCAGUCAAAAUUAUGAAGAAAUAAUUAGCACGAGUGCAGUAGGAGGGAUAAGCACAUUUGACCUAUUUGACAACGGUGCAAGACCAGAUCUACGAGAGAACUUUGAGGAGCUGUCAACAAACAAUGAGAACAUACAUGUAGAAACAAAGAACAAUUCUAGUGCUUAUGAGUUGACUAAAGGUGAAGAUUAUUCCUUCUACUCCAAAGAACUGAAUGGAGAUUUUUGCGACCAGCAAGAGACAGAAAUAAACCCCAAAGCAUCACAAUUUCCAGAUUUCUCCAUAGAGUUAAUAACAUCAGAAAGAAGCUCACGAGCAAUGCAGUUCCAGAAGGAUAUGCCAUCUUCUCAAAGUGUUGCUGUUUCAGAAACUAUUCUUCAAUCUCGAUUGUCUUCAAGUUCUGGGAAAAAUUGUUCACCUAAAGAUUCUGUUGGCAGCGGCGGUGGUUCAGUUUCUCAGCAGCUUGGAAGCAAUUUUGAUGGUCAAAAUUCAUUAGCAGGAAACGAUGCCUCAACCAAGGAACUUGAAUGCCAAAGAAUCAAAACAACAGCAAUAAAUGAUGAUAGUGCAAGUCAGCAUGGAAUUCCCUCUACUUCGAUUAUGCAUUAUCCAUUUAUCUCAGUUGAUCAUCAACAACUAGAUAUGACAAAUGAAUCAUAUGUUCUGCCUACAUCUUCUAAUAGUUCCUCUGGUUCUGCAUCAUUGCACUUAAAAAAUGACAGAACUGAGAAGGAACUUCCUCUCUUGGUGCCAUUUGAUAAUCUUAUAGCACAAAUGAAUUAUAGCAAGACUGUUAUCUCAACACUAAAUGCUCCAAAAACAGGCACGGAUCUUCCAGUCAAGUUGCACUAUGACGAGCAGACUAGUUUUGAAGCAUCAGAUUUCCAGGAGUAUGAAUCACACUCUGUCACUGGUGGAACGGUAGCAGAAACAGCAAACAGGGUGGAUGAAUCUACUGUCGGAGGAGCAGAUAAAGCAGCAAGUCCAAAGAAAACAAGAACCACAAGAAAAAAAAAUACUGAAAACUUCGACUGGGACAAAUUUCGAAGACAGGCCUGUGCUGAUGGCCACAUGAAAGAAAGGAAGUCUGAAAGAAGAGACUCUGUUGAUUGGGAAGCAGUACGAUGUGCAGAUGUACAAAGAAUUUCUCAGGCCAUCCGGGAACGAGGAAUGAAUAAUGUUUUAUCAGAACGAAUCCAGGAAUUCCUGAAUCGCUUGGUUAGAGAUCAUGGAAGCAUUGAUCUUGAAUGGUUAAGAGAUAUCCCCCCUGACUCAGCAAAGGACUACUUGCUUAGCAUACGUGGACUGGGGCUCAAAAGUGUUGAAUGUGUUCGUCUACUGACAUUACAUCAUCUCGCUUUCCCUGUUGACACCAAUGUUGGCCGCAUAUGUGUAAGACUGGGAUGGGUGCCUAUUCAACCCCUUCCAGAAUCUCUGCAGCUACAUCUCCUCGAGCUAUAUCCUGUCUUGGAGACUAUACAGAAGUACCUUUGGCCUCGUCUGUGUAAACUUGAUCAAAAAACACUGUACGAGCUGCAUUAUCAUAUGAUUACUUUUGGAAAGGUGUUCUGUACAAAAAACAAGCCAAAUUGCAAUGCUUGUCCAAUGAGAAGCGAAUGCAGGCAUUUCGCAAGUGCCUUCGCAAGUGCACGGCUUGCACUUCCUGCACCUCAGGAGAAAAGUUUGGUGAAGUCGAGCAAUCAAUUCAGUUUCCAGAGUGGUGGCAUGCCAACUCCAUACUCAACUGUGCUUCCUCAGCUUGAGGGAAGUACCCAGGGACAUGAUUUUCGCACUAACAAUUCAGAGCCGAUUAUUGAGGAGCCAGCAAGUCCAGCACGGGAAGAAUGUCCAGAAACUCUUGAAAAUGAUAUUGAAGAUUACGAUCCAGAUACUGGUGAAAUCCCACUAAUUAAGCUUAACUUGCAAGCUUUUGCUCAGAACUUGGAAAACUGCAUUAAAGAAAGCAAUAUGGAUCUCGGGUCUGAUGAUAUCGCGAAAGCACUUGUUGCUGUUAGCACUGGAUCAGCUUCAAUUCCUGUCCCUAAACUAAAGAACGUGCGCAGGCUUCGGACAGAACACUAUGUUUACGAAAUUCCAGAUUCACACUCCCUUGUGCAGCAGCUAGGACUUGAUCAACGGGAAACUGGCGAUCCAAGCCCUUACCUAUUGACCAUAUGGAUGCAAGAUGACAUAAAUGAAAUGACCAAGGCCCCCAAACCAUGUUCUGACUCUCCGAUGGAAGAUGGAUUUUGUAAUAAUGAGAAGUGUCAGUAUUGUGUGCUUGAGCGGGAAAACCAAUCUAGAUAUGUCAGAGCCACCAUUCUGGUUCCUUGUCGAACAGCUACGAAGGGUAGUUUCCCACUGAACGGCACUUAUUUUCAAGUUAAUGAGGUAUGUCAUAGACCCACAUAUUUCUUUUUCCUCAUGAAUAGGGUAGAGAUAAGCUGCAAGCCAUGGGCUCCCCUCUCUACAGAGUUGAUUUUCAAUGUUUUUGUGAAUUUACAGGUAUUUGCAGACCACAAAUCUAGCUACGAUCCGAUAUACGUUGCAAGGGAGCAGUUAUGGAAGUUGGAAAGACGAAUGGUCUACUUUGGAACUUCAGUGCCCUCCAUAUUCAAAGGUCUAACAACUGAAGAAAUACAGCAGUGCUUCUGGAAAGGAUUUGUCUGUGUGCGGGGAUUUGAGAGGGAAACCGGGGCACCAAGGCCUCUAUGCCAACAUCUGCACGUCGCAGCAAGCAAAGUGCCCAGAUCACGCAACGCGGCAGCAGCUGGGCGGAACUCGGAUUCAGCAAAGGCAUCAGCUCCAUGA